AGUCGGAUCGUGCGCCUCGCUAAUGAACGUUACCACAUCGAGAACGAUUCGAAAACGCUACGGAGCGAUGCAUUAGAUCAUAGUUGGUGACACUACCUGACGUCCGAGAGAGCGGGAUCGCGAUACAGCGGCCAGUUAGAGUGAGUGGGUGGCAAGAUAGCGGGCGGCGGGCAGGAAGUGAAACGAAUGCUAACCCAAGCCAGCAAAAAAAAAACAAAAAAAAAAAAAAACAAAUCAGUGGUUCCGAUUCGCAGACGUGUGUGCAUGUGAUUCAGAGCAAACAAAACGUACGAAAUGCAAAACAUGUGGAUCAUUUUCCUCAUCAUCGGAUUGCUGGUGCUCGGGCUGCUGGUUCUGCUAAUUAUUGCGGCGCGGUAUCAGCGAGAUUAUUGGCGCUAUCUGGACAUUCCACACGAGAGACCCAAAAAGCUAUGGCCUAUCAUUAGGCAAAUAAUGACGCAGACAUUGAGUACGGAGGCUAUGAAGGCGGAGCACUACUCGGCCAUAUACAAGAAGUUCAAGGGAAGCGGUCCCUUCUGCGGAUUCUACGCCCUGUUGCAGCCACGCGCAUUGAUCCUCGAUCGGGAGCUGAUUAGGCAAAUAAUGAUCAAGGACUUUUGGAACUUUAAUGAUCGAGGAUUGUAUUGCAAUCAAAAGUCGGAUCCUUUGUCGGGUGAUCUGUACGCUUUGCGGGGAGAGAGCUGGAAGGAGAUGCGUCAGAAAUUGGAUCCAAGUCUCGAAGGUGAUCGCAUGUCCUUGCUGUAUGACUGCCUGUACGAGGAGGCGGAACAGCUUCUCUUGACAGUCAAUAGCACCCUAAUGAGCCAGCCCCAUUCCACCGUUCACAUACAAAAGAUUAUGAGGCGUUAUGUGCUGUCUUCGUUGGCCAAAUGCGUUUUUGGUUUGAAUGCCGAACAGAGGAAAACGUAUCCUCUGGAGGAUUUUGAGCAGAUGACCGAGCUGGCCUUGAAUAGCCACAAACAUGGCUACCUAAUGAACCUGAUGAUGAUCCGGUUCCCCAACUUUUGUCGAAUGUUGCGCAUGCGUCGCACGCCCAAACAGGCGGAGGAGUAUUUUAUUAAGCUCCUUACGAGUAUUGUGGAACAACGAGAGACGUCCGGAAAGCCUCAGAAGGACUACUUACAACUUUUGAUCGACGUCAAGGCACUGGAGUUUAUUACCCACCAGUAUGAAGCGGAUAAGGAACUAGGUGCCCAUCUGCAGAACGAGUUGGCCGCCCAUGCAGUUGUCUUCUUGAAGGCGGGCUACGAGCAAACGGCCAACACUCUAUCAUAUGUACUCUAUGAGCUAGCAUUGCAUCCAGAAUUGCAAGUACGUGUGCGGGAGGAGGUCAAGAAGGCCAUCGAGCGACAUGAUGGUCACAUAACACAUGAGGGCAUUAAGUCGCUUAGUUUCAUGGGUCAGGUGAUCAACGAAACACUACGAAUGCAUCCCAUAACACCCUACAUCCUACGUCGCACCUUAAAUGACUACGCAGUUCCGGAUCAUCCCAAGUACAUUCUGGUCAAGGAGCUGUUCCUCAUCAUACCCACGCACGCUAUCCAUCACGAUCCGGAUAUCUAUCCGGAUCCCGAGGAAUUCAAGCCGGAUCGUUGGAGCGGACCACGGGAUUCGCUGCAGGAGCAGGGCACUUGGUUUGGAUUCGGCGUGGGUGCUCGCAGUUGCAUUGGUAUACAAUUCGCACAGCUGCAACUGCGAUUGGCAUUGGCUCUGCUUCUAUCCGAGUAUGAAUUCUCCUUGAAUACCAGGAAACCACUGAUUAACCUGGAGGAUGGUAUAGCACUAACCCUGAUGCCAUUGGGUGUCAUAGAACCCGGAAACGAGGAGAGGGCGGUAUAAGCUCGCAGCUUGAGAAUGCAUGAUCACUGACAUUAGCUUUAUCUCUGGGAUAGCAAGGAUUGGUACUUGUUUAGUUAACUAGAAAUAUAGAUAAAACCUCUAUAGAAUAUGCACUAACAUUCAAUAUAUUGUGUGGCUUCUUUGCAAAUAUUUUAAUUUAAUUUUAAUGUUUCCGCUUCGUGCUUUAUAUGGAAAAAGCAAUUAAAGCAACUCAUUGUGCAUAAAAAAGUCGAAACAAAGAGAUUUAGCUUAUGUCAGUAUCUCAAUCUUUUGCCUAAUGACGAAGAAUUUACUCUAUGAACAAAGUCUAGAAAGCAAUAUAAAACUCAGCAUAGUAACUAACCGAAACAAUAUUAAACUAAAGUUCAGGUAGCCCAAUAGGCAGAGUCAGCAUAGAAUAGUUAAUAUUAAACACUUGUUUUUAUUUAAGAAUUUAUUUAUUUGAGAAAACAUUUGCUUUUAAAUUAGCUUGGUUUUAUUCCUAUUAAAUACACCCGGUUAUCCUAAAGAUGAACCUUUUGAUUUGAUUCACUGUUCGUUAUUUCUGGUUAGUACAAUAUAUAUCGUUUUUUGCAUUGUCGGUUGCUUGAUAUGGUUGGUUGGUUUGUCGGCUACUUUAAGAUCGGUAGCUCAGGCCUGUGCAGUAGUACUUAAUUGCAUUAGUUGAUCGAUGUGUCUCAGAAUGAUUACACAGAGUUAGCUGCUACUACAAUUAGCGAUUAAAUUAGAUUUACAAAUAAAUAAAACGUACGACAAACGAAUUCUAGUUAUACAAUAUACAUAUGAAAAGUGUAAGCUGCCCUUGUGCCUUUCCGCAGUAUGGCGGUAUGGAAUGUAUUCUGAGCAGCUCUACGAAAUGCUAAUUUAAAUCUUAGUCACUAGCUGUUUGUUCGUCGAUUUGGCCGCUAAUACGAAAUGGCUUUACUGCGAUGGCUGGCGCUUGUGGCGCGGUGGCGAAAUCAGGGAGCUUCUUGUUGCAUCUCCGCGAUUUGGCAGCUUGCUUCGCAGCAUCUGCUCGUGGACAUAGAUGAGCAGUCCCACAUCCCGGUGGCCAGCCUGCCAGGCGAUCUUGAAGGCUGUGCUGCCAUCCUGAGAGAAAUGAAAUCAUUUAAAUCCUCUUCUAUAUAAAUUAUGUAUAUAGGCACACUCACCACAUCGGUGACCAGUGAAUCGCACUCGGGAUGCGACAGUAGAUGCUUGAUCACAUCCACGCGUCCGUGCUCGGCGGCGCACAUCAGAGCCGUACUGCCGUCCUCGUCCUGGAUAUUAAUAUCCGCCCCGGCGUCCAGAAGCAUAUUGACCAUGUCCCCGUUACCAUGCGACACAGCGAGCAUCAAAGCGGUCUGGCAGUGCUGUGGAUUAGUGGAUAGAAACAGGACGGGAGCGGUUAGUAGGGGAGUAGUGUGUGGUCAGCACAUACGGGGCUCGAGAUCCAUGGGCGGUGGGGCCCCUUACCUACCUUCUUGGCCCGUAUGUUGACAUCGGCCAUCUUGAACAGUCGCUCGACGACUGUCCGAUGGGCGGGCUGCUUCAGCUUGGCCAACGAUACGAGCAUCACCGAUGUGUAUCCGGCGUUAUUCAUUUGGUUUACAUCGCAAACCUUAGAAUCCAGCAGUAUGGAUACCACAUCGAAGUUGCCGUGCGAGACUGCAUAGUGCAUGGCUGUGUUGCCCUGAAAUAAGAUAUUAUCUUAGUGAUCCAUCUAUAUUACUUAGUAUGUGAUUCAAACUCACAUUACUGUCGGACAGGUUGACACAGUACUCCAGCAAUGGGAUGGACAGCGAUUCAAAGUAAUCUAGAUAAUCCUCAACCUGAUGGGGAUCGGAUUUGCCAGUACUGGAGUUAGUGAACCAAUGAUCCUGAAUGGUCGCCUUGGCCGACUUGAGACUCUGCGAGGAUAUGGGUUUGGCGCCCAGCUUCUUCAGCAGCGAGUCGUUAAUGAUCUUGAGGGCGUCUUUAAGGCUCUGGGACAACUCGGUUCUGAAAUUAUAAUUUUAAAUAUUAAUACUGCGAAUUUGUUGAAUUUUCAAAUAAACGAGAUCCU